AUGAUCCACUCGGCGCUCCUGGAGCGCCGAGUCGCCCACCUGCUCGCCUCCAGCGGCGGCCACCGCAACGUCGUGGCCUCCUACUUCCACUUCCAGGAGCACCAGUGCCUCUACCUCGUCGGCGAGUUCUGCAACGACGGAGACCUGUACACGCACCUCACCUCGCACACGCGCAACGGCGUCAUGGACGAGCAAAGCUCCGUCCACGUCAUGACGCAGAUCUUCCACGGCGUCGACUACCUGCACCGCGUGCUCGGCAUCGCGCACCGAGACCUGUCGCUCGAGAACGUGCUGCUGCACGACGGCGAGUGCAAGAUCUCGGACUUCGGCCUGUCGGUGGACGCCGCGACGCGCUGCAAGGCCCGCGUGGGCAAGGAGUACUACAUGGCGCCGGAGGUGGUGGCAGGCAAGACGAACGACCCAGUGAAGGCGGACAUUUGGUCGCUGGGCAUCAUGUGGUUCAUCCUGCUCACGGGCUCCCCACUCUGUUGUGAAGUGCGCUCGAUCCUACCCAUGAGCGCUUGA